AUGGCUAAUCAGUCCAUAAACUAUUCUUUUCUGCUCUUGGAAUUCUCAGAGGUACGAGAACUGCAGAUGCUUUACUUCUUUGUUUUCAUGGUGUUGUAUUUGGCAAUUUUGACAGUGAAUCUUCUCAUCAUUUCUGCAGUACUUUUCAACCAUCAUUUGCAUACUCCCAUGUACUUCUUCCUGAUGAACUUAGCCAUACAAGAUCUUGGCUCCGCUUCAGUCAUUGUCCCUAAAACCAUGGCCAAUACGUUCAUGAACACAAGACGGAUUUCUUAUUAUGGAUGUGCUUCUCAAGUUUUUUUCAUUGUCUUCUUUAUGGGAUCUGCUAUUUGGAUCCUCACAGUCAUGGCAUAUGAUCGCUAUAUCGCCAUUUGCAAUCCAUUGCGCUAUGAAAGAAUUAUGAACAAACAAGUCUGCAUUUACAUGAUUCUUGCUGUAUGGGUUGGUGGCCUUCUUAAUGGAUUCUUGCACACCUGCUUCACAUUUGCACCCCCUUUUUGUUCCAACAUCAUCAGUCAGUUUUUCUGUGAAAUCCCGCAGCUACUUAAACUUACCUGCACAGGUUUAAAUCUAAAUGAAAUCAGACUAAUGGUGUUUGUUUGUGUUUUAAGCAUAGGUUGCUUUUUCUUUAUACUUGUUACUUACACAUCCAUUUUCACUGCUGUGCUGAAAAUUCGCUCCUUGGAAGGAAGGAGAAAAGCUUUCUCUACCUGCAUACCUCAUCUUAUUGUGGUUUCCAUGUUCUUAUUAUCUGGAGUCUUUGCUUAUCUGAGGCCUCCCUCCCAUGAUUUGGAUUUAGCAUCAACUGUAAUAUAUUCCCUUAUCCCACCUCUUUUGAAUCCCAUCAUCUACAGUAUAAGAAACAAAAGCAUCAAGCUUGCCCUGUCAAAAUUAUUAAAUAUGGGCAGCCCAUCUGUUUUGAUUUGCCUCUUAUAA